CGAACGUCCGCACGGGAACCGGGCGCCGGCCGAGCGGAGCGGGCCAAUCAGCGGCGGCGGCUCUCGGCCCCCGAACGUUGGGACACGCGGCCCCGCCCCGCGCUGUUGUUUGUGGUGUCGGCCGGCAGCGCGAGCCGGACAACAACACUCGCCAGGCGGGCGGCGCGGCGGCCGAGGGUCCGGAGGCCGCGGGCGGCGGCGGCGAGCGCGAGCGGAGGGCAGCCGGCCUCCCGCGGCCGCCGAGCCCGGGAGUGCGCGCCGGCCGGAGCCAUGUCGGUGAACAUGGAUGAGCUGCGGCACCAGGUCAUGAUCAACCAGUUCGUGCUGGCAGCGGGCUGCGCGGCCGACCAGGCGAAGCAGCUGCUGCAGGCGGCCCACUGGCAGUUUGAGACCGCCCUGAGCACGUUUUUCCAAGAAACCAACAUUCCCAACGGCCACCACCACCACCAGAUGGUGAAGACAUAUAAAGCGCAGGAAACAGAAGUGGUUCAGGCCUGGAUUUGCUUUCUUCUCUUGUCCAAGCUGGCCCCAGGCCUGGGCCUUUGCCCUCCUGGCCAUAAGCAGAUGUGUACCCCCAGCAACACACCUGCCACACCGCCCAACUUCCCCGACGCGCUGGCCAUGUUCUCAAAGCUUCGUGCCUCCGAGGGCCUGCAGAGCAGCAAUAGCCCCAUGACCGCCGUGGCCUGCUCACCCCCUGCAAACUUCAGCCCCUUCUGGGCCUCGUCCCCGCCCAGCCACCAGGCCGCCUGGAUCCCACCCUCCUCCCCCACGGCCCACAGCUUCCACCACCUCCACCACCCACAGCCCACGUGGCCCCCCGGAGCACAGCAGGGGAGCACGCAGCAGAAAGCCAUGGCGGCGAUGGACGGCCAGAGAUGAGACUGGAUGCCGCCGGGCGCUGGGCUGGAGCUGGGGGGCGGUCCAGGGGCGGGGGGAAGCUGGGCGUGCGGGGGUCUCCUGAAGAUCGCACUGGAAGAUUUUAUAUGAGAGUUUUUGUGGGUGGGGGGACAGUAAACUUCCUGAACCACGGGGUCCUUCAGGAGUUUCUCUUCAGGCAAGUUUUUUUGUUUUUUGGUUUUCCUCUUUUUAAUAUAUAACUAUAAUAUAUGUACGAAUAUAUAAAAAUAACUAUGUGAGAACGGGGCUGGCCGACGGGGUGUUAGGUCAGUGGGGAAGGGCCAGAGAAGCCACCCAGGGGGCCAGCACCCCUUCCUCCACCCCUGUCCCAGGGCAGGUGCUUGGGAGCCAGGUGGCGUGACUCUGCAGUCACGUGGUGUCUGCUCCCUGCCUCCUGGACCUCUGCCUUCCCACCCUGUGGGAGGGACUCCCGGUGGUGCUGGGUGGCUGAAGGUGUGGGGGCCACUCCCCACCCCUGGCCAGCUGUGCAGGGCUCGUGUAGGACUUGCGAGCUGGCCCCCAGCCCCAGGGCCGCCCUGCCUCUCCCACUGUGUGCCCGGCCGCAGACAGCAGAGCGGAGGGCUGGCCUUUGGAUGGAGUUCCCAAAUCAAAUCAUCUCACCAGGGUGAAAUUUUAAUUUAAAACGUAAAAGAGACUUUUCUAACUUC